AUGCCUUCCGGACCCAUUAUCGAGGAGCUGCCAGACGACUUCGACGUCGCAGCUCACAAGAAGGAGGCCUCCUCGUCCAGUUCGGGCGCGUUGCGACGUGGCUUCCUGACAUCCAGGCAGUCGGGCACAAACGCGGCGGAGACAGCCCCGCCAGCUGCCGAACCGCCGGAGCAGGCUCAAGGUGCGCCCUCCAAGCAGGAGGAGCAGAAGGAGGAGGCCGAGGAGCCGUCAUGCACUCUCGAGGGCCUGCGGAAAAGGUUGCAGCGCUGUUUGGAGGAUGCCAAGGCGCAGCAGCAGCACCGUCAGCAACAGGCUGAGGCGGACCGCACAAAUCAGGCCGAGUCUAUUGAGACCGCCCUUGCGGCUUUGCAGGCGAGAUGGCCCACAUCGGCGAUGAAAGAGAAGCAGACGAAGGCCAGCAAGGAGAUUGACACCGGUCUAGCCGAGAUUCGUGCUGCCUUCAACGACUCACGGAGGCGGCGAAGUGGGGAGGAUCGCAAGGCCUUGUCUGCACUGAAGAUUGCGGCCGAGGAUGCUAUCGGCCGGGUGCAGAAGGCGGCCGAUGGCGCAGAUGCAAACAAGGGCUCAGCUGAGGAGCGCCGAGCUGGUGCUGUCGCUGCCUUCCACGCCCUCCCCCUCACGGCAAAGCUCCGGAUCCUCGUUGCGGAGAAGAAAGCUGCGGCGCUGCUCCUCGGUGGCAGCUUUUUCCUCGGCACUCUUGGGAUGCUCGGGAUCUGCCUCGAGAUCUACACCGCAUGGGGCUGCCGCCUGCAGUGCACAUAG